AUUGCACUUCUCUACAUCAUCUAAAAAUCAAGAGAUCAAAAGACAUUAAAUUAACUCUACAAGAGAACUUCUUUUGCUACCAACAACUAUGAGGCUCAACUCUUGUUUUAUGAUACUAUGUCUCCUCCUCCUCCUCCUCCUCACUUGUGUGAAUCAUGUCGGUUGUUCUCCGUCGUCGUCGUCGUCGUGUGGGAGUCUCGACAACAUCAGCUCUCCUUUCCGUUUGGCGAGCGAAACGCCGACAGGCGGAUCCCCAAGCUACGAGAUUCUCUGCGACGGCGGCAAACCUAUGCUGGAGCUGGGGUCGGCAAAGUACUACGUGACCAACAUCUCGUAUACCAACCAGACUAUCAGUGUGGUUGAUCCCGUGUUUGUAGGUGACGACAGAUAUUGCCAUCUUCGAAUCCCAUCUCCGCCACCGGGUUUUUCGGAUUUGUAUUUGAAUGUCGGGGAAAACUGGGCUCUCUUCGUGAAUUGCACGAGGCCGAUCCGAAACGGCAGGCACCGGCGCGUCCCUUGCCUAAGCAGCAACAGCACAUUCGUCUAUGUAGUAGUUCAAAAUUAUGCAUUCACUGUGAAUUUGAUUGGGGCCUCGUGCGGAUUUCUGGCCUCGGUUCCUGUCGUCGGGGAUGUCGUCGGGAAUUCGACCGCCACCGAUAUUUUUGAGCUCUUGAAGGAGGGAUUCGUGCUUUCGUGGGCCGUCGGCCCCCGCCCUCAAGAACAGGCUCAGCCAACUCCAUCUGCAACGUUUCAUGGAUGCUUGAAAGAAGCGAAAAGGUACGAAUUACGCACACGAGUUUGA